GACUGAACGCAACCCCUCCCUCCUCCUCCUCCUCCUCCUCCUCCGGUCGUCUGCCGGUGACAGGCGGCGCUUUCACCGCGCCGCUCCAAACCUCCGGCUGCGCUCACGUCCAGACGCUCGUUUAGAGGCGGCAGCAGUAGUCAGGUGUUACUGAUGGCCAACAUAAUUAACACAUCGGUUACAAUAUAGCAGCGUUCCGCGGUUGUAACGGCCCCGAUUGACGAGGUGGCGUUUGAAUGAGCUGUUUGGUCAUGGAUCGACUGGAUGAAUGGAGACGGAGCCAGGAGUUUUACUACGACUACGGGGCGGUGGAAAUGGGCCUGACAGAUUACCAGGACCCCAGUGAACUUCUGGCUACGCUCAAACAAAAGGAGGAAGAGGUUAUUUUGGCAGCGCGGCUGGGAAACGCGUUGCUCCUGGAAAACCGUCGGCUGAAAGAGCAGAGCGAAAAACUUCACGAACAGUACGCAGGCGAGCUGGAGGAGCUGGAGCAAGGCAGGUAUGAGCUGCGGCUGAAGCUGGAGGGCUGCCAGACCCAGUGGGAGAGCCAGGUGGGGGACCUGGAGAGGGAUGUGAGGGAGCUGAGCGCCCGAGUGGAGCAGCUCACCCGGGCGCUCGGCGAGGCCCAACGGGACCGGAGCCGGGCGGAGCUGGAGCACGGCGAGCAGGCGCAGCGGCUCAGGGAGGAGCUGAACACCGCCAUGGAGGUGGAGAGGGCUAUGUCCAGCGAGCUGCAGGCUCUGAAGCAGGAGCUGCAGCUGAAAGGAGGCCAGAAGCCUGAGGACGAGGAGGUGCUCAGUGCCAUGAGGGAGCAGGUUUUACGGCUCACCCAGAAGGAGCAGAUGCUGGAGGAGCGCUUGGCCAGCGUGUAUAAGGAAAACGCUGAGCUUAGAGCGAGUUUGGCUUCUUUGCACUCGCGUCUGGCCCUGCACGACCAACUCGACCAGCAGCACAGCCAGCAGCUGGCCGAGGCGUGGCAGGAAGUGGAGGUGGCCCGCGAGCGAUCGCAGGAGCUGCAGACCCAGGUGGAGGCGCUUCAGGAGGAGGUCUCGGUCCAAGAAGGAGCCAGGAGCCACGGAAAUGCAUCUCUGCUGUCAGAGCUGGAGAGCAGCUUGGAGGCGGAGGCGCUCGGAGUCAGCAGAGAUGAGAUAACGCAAGAAAUGGGCUCCAUCCUUCAGCUACUGCUGCCGCUGACACAGGGAGUGAGCAGCCCGGGUCCGUCUGAGGUGCUGGAUCCGCAGCAGGACCUGCAGGCCGUGAUGCAGCGGCUCAAGGGAGUGGCCCAAGCCCUGGCACAGGCCUCCAGCUCCAAGGAGCUGAAUCCGGCUUUUGUCAACGGGAUGGUUGAUCUGUGUGGGAAUCCGACCGUAGCGCAGGAGCUGAGAGAUCAGAACAUUCAGCUGCAACAGGAAAAUGCAGAGCUGAGGCAGAACCUGCAGAAUGUGCAGGAACAAGGUGCAGUUGUGCAACAGGCCAUCAGAGUCCGAGAUGAAGCCAUAGCCAAGAAAAACCUGAUGGAGGCUGAGCUGGUGAGGAGUAAGAAUGACAUGAUGUGCCUGAACAACCAGUUAUUAGAGGCCAUCCAGCGUAAACUGGAGCUGUCACAGGAGCUGGAGGCCUGGCAGGAUGACAUCCAGGUCGUCAUUAACCAGCAGCUCAAGUCCCAGCAGCAGUCAGAGCACCCUCAGAAGAAGCCCGUCACCAACGGCAUGUCGUUGUUCCACAAGCAGGGCAGGAUGUCCUCCACCUGGACACGGCAAACCUUCUCCUCCCCGUGGAACUCGGGCACUAAUCAGGACAAAACCCAGUCCCUGUGGAGAGACUGGUUAAGAAGGGGCAAAGGAGCACAGUAUGGUAAAUAGUGGACAAUGAUACCGAUCACCUGGCUGCUGAGGAUGCCAUGAACCAGACGAAGUACAGUGUAGUGCAUCAGAGCCAUGAAGACUCUCCUGAUGCGGUGAUGAACAACAGACCCAGUGUGGACGAAACACAUUACGUUGAGCGUCUGACCCCUCUUCAGGUCUAAACUGUGACUUCCUGGAAUAAUAGUGUUUUCACUCAAGCAAAUCUUAUGUGAUUCAGUCUGUAAAUAGUGUGCCUUAUUUUGUAAUAUUGGUGUUAAUGUGAUGUCUUGAUAUCUGAGACCUUAUACAGUAUGACACAGUUGAUGUAGAAUGUAUUUUUUCAGAUUAUUUAACUUCACAGAUCAAAGGGAAGUUGGUUGUAAGACGUUUUGCUAAAAGGCUAAAGAAAAUGUGUAAGUAAAGAAUAUGAAGCACUGUAUGUCUUCAUGUAGACAGAAAAUAUGUUAUUUUUUUUUUGUUACCAUCUAAGUAUAUUCUCUGAACAAUGACACAGCUGUUUCAGCGAUUAACAGACUUCUGUAUGUGUUAGUUCAGUGUGACUCAGUGUUUAAUAUUAAUUCUUAAUAUUAAAAAACGUGACUUGCCAAUUCUGGAGAUACUGCUGGACGAUUUCAUAAAAAUACCUGUAAAUUCUUUGAUGUUUUUGACUGUUGCUGUUCAACGACCAGGAGAGUCGGGCAACUGCUUGAUAAACAGUUUAGAGCCACGACUGUUCUCUAAUAAAGCUAGUGGAGCCUAA